CGGCUAUUACAGGAGUUAUGAGACACCCUGUAUAGAGUUUAUCUAAAUAUGAACCCCUAUGCCUCUAAAUAUUAAAUCAUUUAAAUCAUGCUUCAUAUAAAAAUAAAAUGGAUCAAACAACAAGAUGUUAUCGUUGCUAAUGGUCAUGUACUUAUGUAUGUAUAAAUUCACGCGAAGAUGAAUAAUAAUUAAGAAGAAAAGCAGUCGGGUGUCGGUAAAGUUGAAAUGUAACACGAUCGACUAGAAUCGCGCCUUCGAAGGGUCUUAAAAACGAAUCAAGGCCACUACACCAGUCUGAAACCGCUUUCUGGUUGCUGGUUAGUGACCUAUACCCAUCCCGGGACACCAAGAUUUCGAUUAUCGUGCAUGGACUCUAAGCUCCUUCCUUCCUUCCAUUCCUCUUUCUCUCCCUUUCGCUUCUUUUUUUUCUUUUCUUUUUCUCUCUUCCGCUCUUUCUUCUAUUCUGUCGUUGGCCACCUGGAUAUCAGGACCUAUCUUCACUGUUUCAUCUUGCCCAAUUUUUGCACUCUCAACGUUUAUGUAAUAAUUACACGAGACAGAAGGAAAAUUUCUUCGAUAUUUCCUCGAGGAAAUAACUGUCGUUAGCAGGAUCCAUCUGUCGUGGACAGAUUUUAACCCCCGUGAUAUUAGCAGUAUAAAAGUAUGCUGUUCUCAGCAUUUCAGAACACUUCCACCUAACGCGUCUGGUAGAAGCAUUACUUGCACUGCUAACAGUUGUUCCGUUGGAAAAAAACAGAUACGAGCCAUGGCAUCGACAAAGUACGUGAUCAUCGUAAUUAUGAUGCUGGGAGUAGCAUACCAAGCUUUAGGAGUAGCUGAAGAGUCUAACAGAAAUCUUGUAGGUCCGAACUUCCCGUACGGCAGAGGACUGAAUAACGAAUUGCAACUUGCUAGACUGCUACUUCUGCCACAAUGGCUCUGUCAUCCUAAACGCAAUUCUGAGCUAAUAAACUCGCUGCUGGGUCUACCGAAAAACAUGAACAUCGCUGGAAAAUAAAAGCUGCUGGAUAACUAUUUUAUGAACAGUAAUAUAUUUCAUAAAAUUCAGUGGUAAUUAAAUUGCGUUUUAUUUAUCAUGUAAACUCCAAAAAUCUUUGGAGCUUAAUAAAAGGUUAUCGGUAAUAAAUAAAUGUAAAA